CAACUUUUGGUCAGCAAUCCAUGGUACCCUGCAAGUGGAAAACCCGGCCUCCAUGCUUCCUCUUCUCGCGGCAGCACAGAGCCAUUACAACAACAAUUAUGGCGAUCUUGCCGAAACACUUGUGUUGGAUCGGCAGCGAUGACCACAGUUUCAACAGCCUCAACACCAACGUCAAUGAUUAGGACGACUAAUAUGACCUUGCCAGCCAGUUCGAUCUCUUCCACGUCUGCAUUGAUUGGAACUUUGGCUGGUUCCCUUAAGCAACAGGCUAACAUAUCGGCUUCCUCUUCAUCAUCCCCAGCAGCAGUUGCUGCUCCGACGGCCGAUGAUAAGAUGAUUGAUGGAAGCACCCCAUCUGGGUUAAUGGUUACAACCAGCUGGCAGCCUCCUCACAGUCGACGAUUUACUAAUGUACCCGUGAGCUCUAAUGACUGUCUUGAAGUUUCUCUGUUGACGACCAGUCUCCUACCAACUGCUGUGCCUCCGUCUGCUUGCCUGCAUUGUUUAACCGCCCCUGCGACCACCGGAUCCACAAGCUCUUGUUUAAAUCAGGCUGGGGGCAACGAAUUUAGUUCUGUGUUAGACUCUUGUAACGGUGCCGGCUUGUCAGGGUUUGGCCAACUACCAAUCGGCGGAACACAACACGUAAUAUAA